AUGGACCUGGAGGAGAUUGGGCAGAAGAUCUCAAACUUGACCUUUUACGACAUCAAGUCGUUCUACACGCAGGCCAAAAACUAUGCGCUGAACAUUUCCGAGAUCGAGGCCAAGGUGCGCGAGGCAACCAACGACGACCCGUGGGGGGCCAGCUCGACCCUCAUGCAGGAAAUCGCGCAGGCCCAUGACUUUAACGAGAUCAUGCCGACCAUCUUUCGUCGGUUCAUGGAAAAGGAAGCGCACGACUGGCGCCAGAUUUACAAGGCGCUCCAGCUCCUCGAGUACAUUGUGAAGCACGGCUCGGAGCGCGUCGUGGACGAGGCACGCGCGCACCUGUCGACCAUCAAGAUCCUGCGCAACUUUCACUACAUUGACGAGCGCGGCAAGGACCAGGGCAUCAACGUGCGCAACCGCGCCAAGGAGCUCGCGACGCUGCUCUCGGACGUGGACCUGAUCCGCGCAGAGAGGCGCAAAGCGCGCGCCAACAAGGCCAAGUACCAGGGCGGCGGCAAUACCGACUUUGUGCCGGGCAGCGGCGGCGGCCGCUACGGCGGCUUUGGCUCCGACUCGUACUACGCGGGCGGCGCGCCGAGCAUGCCGUCGGCCGGUUCGUCGGUGUACGGCGCAUCGGCAGAGCCCGAGUACGACGAGUACGACGCGGGCGACGACGAGCACGCGACGCACUCGACGCCGGCCGCUACGUCGAGCGCCAAGCCGGCACAGCCCGCGGUCGCCGACCUGUUUAGCUUUGACGACGAGUCGAGCGCCCCGGCCCCGACCCCGGCCCCGGCCCCGGCCGCCGCGCCCUCGAUCGCUUCCGGCGGCCUGGACGACUUUGACGACUUCCAGGCCGCACCAGCGGCCACCGCCCCGGCCCCGAAGCCUGCGCCGGCGCCGGCCAAGCCAGCUGCGCCGCCCGCCGCCAAGGGCAACCUGUUUGAUUUCUUCGACGACGAUGCGCCCGCCGCGCAGCCUGCCGCGCAGCCCGCCGCGGCGAUCAAGGCGCCGUCUGCGCCGGCCGCGCCGGCCGCUGGCCCCAGGACGGCGAGCUCGACGGUGGUGCCGACACCUGCGCAAAAGCCGAGCACCGCAGCCACGUUUGACGAUCUGUGGGCAACAUCGCGUGGAAAGCCAGCGCAGGCCGACGACAAGGGCAAGAAGAGCAUGGCGCAGCUCGCCAAGGACCAGACGAGCAGCUCGGUCUGGGGCGCCAACACCGGCGCCAAGCCGGCGGGAGGACAAUCGAAAGACCUUUUUGAUCUGUUGUAG